AUGAUGAAUGAGCCAAUAAUGAUUGGAGAUAUGGUAGAAAAGGAAUCUGAAACAAUGGUGCUUUUUCUUCAGCUGUGGAACAUUGUCCAAAUUUGUACUGCUCCAGCAAUAAGAAAAGAGGAUGUGCCCUAUUUGAAGAUUCUCAUUGAGGAGCACCAUAAACUUUUCAAAGAGGUUUAUCCAUUAGCUUCAAUCAUACCAAAGUUGUAUUAUUUGGUCCAUGUCCCUGAUGACAUUGUUAGCUGGUACUUAAGCACACGUAAUACAUUGUAAUUACACAUCAAAGUACAUGUUUAUAAAACCCAUUAAGUCACGUUGCACCCUAAUAGACCCGGUUUUGCUAGUCAAGGGGAGAGCACUAGUUUUAGUGGGUUAAUCUGCCCAUGUGCCUAGUUACAGGAACCAAUUGAGUUGUAUUGACCCCAUCCCCAAUGCACCUUAUUUUAGCAUUUUACUCUGUCAUUACCAAACAAUUUCACUUGUACAGGGGAGAAUCGUGGCACUCAAUGAGUUAAGUAAACAAAGCCAGCUGUAGCCUAGCUGCAUGGCAUUUACAAUGGUUGAUUGCAUAACACUCAAAUAUUUCUUAAUUAUUUUUAUGGAUUUGGUCCACCCAGAAACUACUAGUCAAUGAGAUUCGAAGCAAAGCAUUCUUUCUUUAAACGUGCUCUUACAAAAAAUUUCAAGAAUGUUUGUAAAUCAUUAGCAUUCUGCCACCAAAGGUGUAUAAUCAAUGUAAUUCAGCAUUACGAUUGUAUUCAAAGUGAUUGAUGCUCAGGUAUAUUCUACUUUGGCCGGGUAAAAGUGUGAACGUGCUAUAUUUGGCUUUGCACAAUAAUGGGUAACUACUGAACCAGUUCAGCUGUAAUAAACUCUGUCUGUCACAUUCCUCACAAUAUUACUCAUCUAGGAGGUGGGGUAGACUGUAAAGCUGAACUCUGACAGAAAACAAUGGUCACAUUGGUAUAAAUAUUUAAUGUAGCAAUCAGCCCAAGGCAUAGAUGUACUAUAUAGUACAAUUAUAAAUAUUGAUUUUUUUAUCAAUUGAUAGAUUUUUCUGCUGGAACCUGUUGAAGUCACCAGGGCAAAUAUUCACCAAUCAUCUUUAUGAGGGGGAUGCAAUCCCUUCAGGCAAGUUUAUUAAAAUUUUAAACUUUCCUGUUAUUAUCUAUACAGUACAGUACCGGUAAAAGUACAGUUUAAGCACAUAUACACUUGCAAUACAGUACGGUAAACAAAACAUUUCAAGCCACCAAUUACUGUUUACUCUUGCAUAUUUGGCACACCAUUAAAUCUGCAUGCAAUGACCCACAGACUUUUUAGUAAAAUUAUUUCUAUAAUUGUAUGCAAUAAAUUUUUCUUAAUUUUACACUUCUUAGGAAAUCACAAUGUAGAUCUCAAGCAAUAUCCAUUACUAAAUAUGCUUCAAGAAGCAGCUAACUUGCCAGAGACAGAAGCACCAAUAAUUGGAAGCAGGUAUCAAUUUAUAAAUUCUAUAAUAUCUUUUACAGUAGGCAGGCCUUACCCUAAGAAAAUUUUGCAGGAGCAGUUAAUCGCGCACGCAAAAUAUGUUGCCCGCCCUACUGUGAAAAUAUUUUGUGAGGCCCCCCUCAUAUCUAGAAAUGACACAAUUUGCAAAUAAUCUUGUUGAUUUACAAAUUAAAACACUAAUUGCCUACUAUGUUAAUAUCCUUGUUGAAGAUGUACAUGCAUUAGGCAAUAAAUCUAGCAUUUACAUACUUACUUUGUGUAUAAUGAAAUAAUUAAACAUAUUUGCACUUAGAUUUAAACCUAUAAGAAGGAAUAUGCCUGAUGGACCCUAUUUUAUUAUCUCACUCUGCCAAUGCCAGGAGAUUUUACUUGUCAAGGGGAGAGUGCCGCCACUCAAUGGGUUAAAUACAUUGUUGUGCCUUUUAUUUUUAUUCACUAGUGUAAAAUCUGUCUCAAUUCAUGGGGUGGAGUACAGACUCGGAUGUGUCUUAAGGCUACAAGAGAUGGAUGAGUUUGGUGCAAGAGACUACCCUGAAUAUGGUGUUUUGAACGAAGUAACUGUAUGGAAUGACGCCAAAUAUUUUGUUAUCACUGUCUUCAGGGCCUUUUUUAAGGAUUUUCCCGUGGGGGGGGGGCAUUUUUUUUUGAAAAGGGACCUUUCUGUGAGAUAAUAUAUUAGAGGGGCGAUACCAAUGGCUGAAGGCCACAUGUAUGACCAAUAUACCACGCAUGAAUGGGGGGUCUGGAGGUGUACUCCCCCAGAAAAUGUUUGAAAUUUGAAUCCCGGAAAUGUCAUUUCCUGAAUUCUGAGCAUCCAAAUCUGCUCCAAAAUUUAUGCUAACUAUACUUGUGUUUGAAAUAAAUAAAGGAAAAAACGCACAAAAAGUAAAAAAAAAAUUAACUUUCAUUUAUCAUUACUUAUUAGAGGAGGAUAGCAAUGGCCACGUGUGUGGGGGUGUUCUCCCCCAGAAAAGUUUGGAAAUUUGAAGCACGGAAAUGCCAUUUCCUGCAUUUUGAGCAUCCAAAUUUACUCUAAAAUUUAGGCUAACUAUACCUGUAUUUGAAAUAAAAGAAGGAAAAAUGCACAAAAAGUAAAAAAAAGAAAAUUAACCGUAAUUUAUCAUUACUUAUUAGAGGGAGAUAGGAAUGGCUAAGGGCCACGUGUGUGGGGCAUAUUCCCCAGAAAAUGUUUGACAUUUGAAACCCGGAAAUGCCAUUUCCUGCAUUCUGAACAUCCAAAAAAUAAAAAAAUUAUUUACAAUAAUUUAUCAUUACUUAGUGGUAGAAAAACGUAACAAUUUAAAUCGAUUUUGUUAAACAAGGACAAAGGAUAAAGCCUAAAACUUACUUUCCGUUUAUCUAUUUGUCGCUGGUUUGUUUGUAUAAUUUUAGGGCAAAAUGUGAUUUCGUGGGGGGAUGGGGGCACAACGGGGGAUUGGGGGGCAUUUGCCCCCCCCCCCAGCUUGUAUGUUAAAAAAGGCCCUGGCUGUCCUACAAACAGUAUUAUUUUGGAAUCACUAUAUGGGUUAUGAAGUGCAACCAACAGAUGAGAAAAGAGUGUUUGUACCAAAUGAGCUUGCAUGGCAUGGGGUUUUAAAUCUCAUAAAAAAGAAGGAAAAGCCUUUGUUGUCGAAAAGAAUUCUGCCAACAUCGAGGAACGAUUGUAAUCUUGGAACCAGUGCACGAUUUCAAUGACAAUUAAGACGGCCUGCUCAAAUGAUUUUGAAAGAUUACAUGGAGAGUUUCAUGGGUUACCAUGCAUGUGCAUGUAAUAAAUUUUUGUUGUUUGUUGUACAGGCUGGUCAGGAUAAUUAG